CUAAAUCGAACGCAUUUACAAUAUGUCGAGGGACGGGUUCAUCCCGACCGGGCAUUAGUAAAGCCCGACGGUAUGCCCUAUCUCGUGCUUUCGGAGGCGACCUGCAAUGCCCACAAAUUUGGCAAUGAGUAUAUAUUCCUUUCAUUUCUGCCUCUAAGAUGUGAUCCAACAUUCCAAAGUUGUUAAUACUGCCGAUCUUCAACCUUGAUCUCACACAAUGCAGGUUUCUCCACGCCCUGCAACUCCUCCAAGCCCCAAAUCAGUGCCAGAUCAAUCAGACUUGGCCCCGAGAGAAAAUAACACUCAUGAUGUUGUGGUCAAAGAGGAUCCAAGCAAGCCUGGAGAUCACCUGCAGAAGCAGUCGACUGUGAAGACUGUCCUUUUGCUAGUCUCAGUCUUUCUAACCAUGUUCCUGGUCGCACUGGAUAGAACUAUCAUCUCUACGGCCAUACCCAAAAUCACGGAUGAAUUCAACUCUCUCGGUGAUGUCGGCUGGUAUGGCAGCUCGUAUUUGUUGACAUGUUGCGCGUUUCAGCUCUUGUUUGGAAAGCUAUACACAUUGUACUCUGUGAAAGGCAUCUUUCUUGCAAGCACUCUGCUAUUCGAGGUUGCUUCUGUCGUCUGUGGAGCAGCUCCCAACUCGGUUUCUUUCAUUAUUGGAAGAGCAAUCUCUGGAAUCGGUGCUGCUGGCAUUUUGGCUGGAACUAUUGUAUGCAUCAUUCACACAGUUCCUCUGCAAAAGCGUCCACAGAUUCAAGGCCUCUUUGGUGCUAUCUUCGGCAUUGCUUCAGUCACAGGCCCGUUGAUAGGUGGCGCCUUUACCUCGAAUGUAAAAUGGAGAUGGUGCUUCUAUAUCAACUUGCCCUUUGGUGGUGUGGCAAUGGUCGUUGCUGCUCUCUUUUUCAAUGUCCCUGACAAUAAUACGACCAAGCUUCCCUGGACGAAGAAGCUGCCACAACUUGAUGCCCUUGGAACGGCAGUUCUCGUACCUGGCGUGGUCUGUCUUUUGUUGGCACUGCAGUGGGGAGGGCAGACAUAUGCUUGGAACAACGGGCGUAUUAUAGCAUUGUUGGCUCUUGCGGGAGUACUCCUCAUUGCUUUUGCUGCUGUACAAAUCUUACUUCCUACAACAGCAACGCUGCCUCCGCGCAUUUUCAAACCAAGGAGCGUUAUUUCUGGCUUCUGGGCAACUAUUUGCAUUGGCUCUGGCAACUACGCAUUCAUAUACUUCCUCCCCUUCUGGUUUCAAGCCAUCAAAGGUGUUUCCGCCGUGCAGUCUGGCAUCCGGCUCUUGCCUCUAAUGAUAUCAAUGAUCCUCGGGUCGAUUGUCGGUGGAGUCACAAACAUGAGGGUAGGAUACUACACACCAUUAGCCAUUAUCGGAUCGUGUAUCAUGUCCGCAGGGGCUGGGCUCCUCACGACGCUGCAAGUCAACACCGGCGAAGGCAAAUGGAUCGGGUAUCAGAUCGUGUACGGAGCUGGAUUGGGCCUGUGCUUUCAAGUUCCCAACCUCGCUGCACAGACUGUUCUGCCAAAGAAAGAUGCACCGUUAGGGCUAGCGCUGAUGUUUUUCGGCCAGCUACUCGGAGGAGCAGUGUUUGUGGCUGUUGGGGAGAAUGUACUGGGGAAUCAGCUUCAGCAAAGGCUUUCUGGAGUUUCUGGGAUUGACUUGAGUCAGGUUGUGUCGGGGGGUGCUACGUCGCUACUUGACGGGGUGGCUAGGGAUCUACAGGAAACGGUUCUCGUGGGUUAUAAUGAAGCCCUGCGAAAGGUGUUUCAGGUUGGGUUGAUCGUGUCGUGUCUUGCUGUUCUCGGUACAGCUACUUUGGAGUGGAGGAGUAUUCGCAAGCAGCAGCCGGGAGGUGAUGGUUCUGAUGGAAAGGGCGAGACAACAGGAAACGAAAAGAAGUAGAGAAGAGGAAGCGAUAACUAAAUGCUUGAGAUGAAGGAUUUCAUGUACUAUAUACGAUCGAUCAACCGCUCUGAGGAAACUCCAAUCCAUCCCGAAUCUCCCCAUUGUUAAUCCAUUCUUCAAUCCACCCAAUAGUCAUCCUAUAUGGUCAGCAUCUAUCUUACACAUUCAUAUAAGAAAAAAAACAUACUGGCUAUUCUUGGUAUCCGCAAAAUGCUCAUGAUCCCCAAACAAAUGCUCCUUAUAAUACGGAUCCUCCUUCAUC